GGGGACCCUCUCUUGACAUCGACCGUGUAUUUAAUUUGGAAACUUACCCAUCAUUAUCGUCUCUUCUUCUUCGGGUUCGAGCCUCGCGACGCCGCUUUCUCUGCCGCGGCUUCCUCGGCCGCGGCCGCGCGCUCUGCCCGCUUUUCAGACUCGCGCAAGAUGGCACCAUUAAUUUGGCAUACCAUGGUCACCGCGAAGCCGUACGCGGCUAGCGGCUUGAAGUCGAAGCGCUGCAAAAUCUCCGCGAGGGCCGCGCUAACGCUUAGCAGCACUCCGAGGUGGGCUAAUCGGUUGCGCUCGAUUACCAGCUUCAUC